ACAAUUGCUAUUCAAAAGGUUAAAGACAAUGACAGAUAAAUUAUAGUAUUGUUGCCUCUUCAAUGUGGUAUUUCUUUAAAUAUUGAACUCCAUUUAUUUAAACACCGUCAAUUUAAAAUUAGAGAUAACAUCCUUACCCGAAUAUACUUCAAUGGAGGGAUUAUGUUGUGAAAUUAAAUAAACUAUGGUAUCCAUCAUGUCAGUUGCAGUAAAUAAAACAAAAUUACAUUAUGAACACUUAGCUACCAAGGAUUAAUGUGAUGAGCGCGUGUAGAUAAUUUUACAUCAUAGAAUUAUACCGAACAGACAUAUAGACAUAUUUGUUCUAAUACCCGAUAGUCACCAAAAUGAGUAAAAUAAUGAAAAAUCACAAUUUGCAGACCCGAAAAAGAGGUGUGAUGAAAGAUAUUGAAGACUGGAUAAAUGAAAAACACAAACGGGAAGGAGAGAGUGAUUUUGAUGACUUUAUGAACCGUAGUAGUCAUAAAGAUUCUAGAAUGUCGGGAAUACUCCCAGAGAACGUCACAGAAGAACGGUUACUCAGAUCCAGAUUAUUUGAACUCGGAAAUGAACGUUAUAAGUUUCUUGCACGAUUUACGUUUGAAAAACAGCAGUUUCAGGAUAAGAAAGUUAAGCGAAUCAAUGCAAUGAAAGCACGUGUUAUGUCAGCGUCGUCUGCUCCAGGUCGUCUUGGAACAUCCGUGUCACGACAGUCGAUGAUGUCGGCGAAAGGUGACAUGAGAUUACGUCGCUUUAACGAUGCAGAAUUCUAUGACACAGGAGAAAGAGAUCUCCCUUCACGCGCAAGAACUGUACAUUUUAUGCCCUCACAAUCAAGAAAACCAGAAUGCCGAGUUCUGAAAGCUUCAACGCCCAUGGGUUAUCAUCUUACAGGAUCAAAACUAACAAAGACAAAUAAGUUCAGUAAAUUUGGUGGCGCUAUACCGGGACUAACUAAUGAUCCAAGGUAUUCAUUUUUGGAAAAGUCAUUGUCGCCAGCGUAUGUUGAAGGAAAAAACAAAAGAUCUGUUCGUGAAAUUGUCAAGAGUAUCGAGUCUUUACACAAGCUUCCAGGAAAUGGAAUCAGAAAAGUAGAUAUGGGUGCAAAAAUUCAGACUUUUGUGAAGGAAUGUAAACUAUCGUUUUCAGGUGUUGUGAAGCAACAAAUGAUUGCUCGGCGUUUAGUGAAGAAAUCUUCUGAGAUAACUGUAUAGUAAAUAAAUUAAUAUUCAAAGUGAGGAUAUAUUUGUUCUAAUAAAAAAAACUUUGUCAAUGAA